GUUAAAGUUGCGGUGGUGAUUUUGAUUCAUUUCAUGAUUUGUUUUCAUUUGGUAUUAAAUUCAAGAAAAAUUUCGAAGGAUGAUUUCAUCGUAGUUAAUAAUUGAUUCUAGAAGAAAUGGAUUUAGAGAGAAUGUACCAAUAAGCUUUUUGAAGUACUACGUAUCCGUGAGAUAGUUAUGGUUUAAAGUUCCCAGUAUGUCUAUCGAACCAAGUAUUCCUUUACCUCUAGAUCCACCUCCGCCACCUGAGGCAGAUGAAAAGAGACUUUGGAUUGGAAAUAUUGACAGCCGUUUGACGGAGUACCAUCUAUUAAAAAUUGUGCAGAAGUAUGGAAAAAUUAAAAAAUUUGAUUUUCUUUUCCAUAAAUCUGGAGCUUUAAAAGGACAACCCAGAGGCUAUAGUUUUGUAACUUAUGAAACAAGAGAGCAAGCGGAGAACGCAUUGGCGGCAUUGAAUGGGAAACAAGCCCUUGGAAAAAAUUUGGUUGUCAGAUGGGCACAUACUGCACCUUCAGAAUCAUUUACUGGAAUGAAAAAACCAACAGUAUUAAGUAAGACACCUGAAGAAACAAAGCAGACAAAAAAUCCUACUAGUCAAAUAAUGGCUAUUGAAGCCAAAUUAAAAGCCAUGAAAGACCAGCGUGAAAAAGAAUUAGAAAUGUGUUUAUCAGCUACUAGAGUUUGCACAGUUGAACCUGUUUUAAUAAACAAAAGUGAUAUCCAAGUACCCCGUAAAGUACGAAAUGCACCUUAUAAUCUGCAUGAGAAGAAACAGCAAAAAUGUUACCGAAGAUGACAUGCAUGAAUUCAAUGUGCCUAGCUGCAUUUGCUGAUGUAUUAUUGGCUUACUUUCUCCUUUGUGUUAAUGAAAAGUCGUUUAUCUUAGGACAACCAAAAACUUGUGAUUUGAAGACAUUUUUACGAAUAGAAAAGAUCAGUACCAAGAAUAUCAAUUUUGGUAUUGCGCCAUACAAUUGUUUCAAUGCUUGUGCAAAUGAACUGCCAAUAUUUGUAUGUCUGCAAGCUUCAGAUUGAAAUCUUAAAAAAGAAAGGUCUAUUUAAAAAAAAUUUUUACAUUUUGUAUUAGCUGAAGUUAUGUAUUAUUUCAUUUGUACCAUAUGAAAGUAAAUAUUUUAAUUUUAUUUGUUUUUUUAAUAUAAAACUUUAAACAUCCAAUGAUCAGAGAAACUUUUAAUAAAAAGGUUCUUUUAAUUAUAGCUGUACCAUCUUCUGGAUUAUUUACAUAUAAGAGAACAAUAUUAUAAUUUUUACCUUCUUGUAUAUGAAGAACAGGGAAAGUAUUGUAAUUGUUAAAAUGAGAUUUUGACAAAUCUCCUCAAAUUAGACCUCCUUGAGUUCAAGAAACAUGUUUUUGAAAAAUUUCUAUCUGUCUGUAAAAAAAUAGCUCAAAAGAGUUUGAACUAGAUGGAUGAAAUUUUGUAUAUUGUUUUUACCUAAAUUUAUAGAUUUCUAUCAAAUUUUGAACAAAAUCUAUUUAGAGGAAGUCUGUGUGUCUGAUUAUUUGAAUAUAACACAAUAACUACAAAAGGAAGAGAGCUAGAUGGAUCAAUUUUGGUACACAGAUUUAAAAUCUAUAGUGUAGACACCUAUCAAAUUUUGAAUCAAAGCCAACAAAGGGUUGUUAGCCGUCUGUCAGUCUGUUCUUUCAGAAACAUGUUAACAUAGUCACUCAAAAAUAUAAUGACUUCAAUUUAUCACAUUUGGUAUAUGAUUUGGUGACUUCAAUUGUAUUCUGUAUCAAACCUUGGUCUCAAUAAGUUUGGGAGGGGGAUGUAUUUAAAACACAGAAUUCACCUUUAUUAGAGAGUAUGUGAGAAGUUUUGGGAAGACCAUUUCUACUGGUUAUAUACAUUUUCUCCUAAUUCUAAAAUUUUGUAUGCAUCUAUUCAUAUCUAAAUCUUUGUUUUAAAUAUUAUUUUCUUUACAUUGAAUAAAUGCAGUUUAUUUUACUUUUAUUAUUUUUUUAUGUUCCUGUGUAAUAAGUUGAAUCUUCUCUACUUAAAUUGUUGAAUUACAUGCUGUAAUAUUUUUUACAUUGUAAUACUACAGAUCCUAUUUAUACACAGGGUCUGAUCAGAAAAUAUAAAAAAAUUAGACUGACUGUGAUUUGUUAACCUGUCUUUUGUACAAAUAUUAUAGCCACAUCACCCCUUCUGAGCAAAAUAAUGCUAAAUGUUAUAUGCUGUGAUUUGUAUGUUCCUGUGUAGUAUGUUACAUCUUCUCUGCUUAAAUCAUUGAAUUCAAGUAACCCAGAAGUGUCAAGUUUACACAGAAUGGUGUUCCUUAGAUUUGAUUUUGGGUAUUCUGUUAUUUACUGAUGUCUUUUUGAACUGAUGAUGGAAAUUUGUGCAUAAAAUCUGACCCAGCACCAUUCUGUUGACAUUGUGUAAGUAAAAAAAAAAAAAACACCAUCUUUAUUUUGGAUACUAGUGCUGUUUUGUAGCAAAUAAUGUUCAGAUAUGCAUAAUUUGUUAUAAUCUUAUGAAAGAAGAAAUAAGCUAAGGUUUAGUUCUUCUAAAUUCUACAUCAAGCGAUGAUACAUCUUAGACUGUGUUCAUGUGAUGACCUACAGAAUGUUAUUAUCAAACCAUGUAAUGUGUAUUUUGUUGUUCAAUUUCAUUUGAAAUAUAAAAAUUAGCUUAUCGCUAUACAAAAUGAUGAAAAUAGAACCCUUUUUACUUUUCUUUUAGAUUUUCUCAAAAUUUCUGUUUGAGAGACACUUAUUUAGCUACUACAAAAGCAGCUGCAAAUGUUUCUUUUAUCUGUGGUUCUUUGUGAGAUAUUUAUUAAUAGUAUAUUGCUAAUUGAACCUGUUCCCUUAUAUUUUUUUCUCAAAUUUAUAAGUCCAUAAGAAAAUUAAGAGUUUUUUUUUUAACUUUUAUAUUGUUGACUUCUCCCUUAAAACCAAGAUGCCUUAGACACACGUUCACAAACCACUUCCCUGAAAAAAUAAAUAAAUAGAGGCAUGUUUUUAUACAGUUGAAGACACUUUCUUGAUAUUAGUGAGAUGAAGCUUCAUACCAAGCAAGAUGUUGAUGUGAUUUAAUGGGAAUUUGACUGAUUUCUCAUCAAAAGAGAAGUUGUAUAGUAGUUUGUCACUUCAGUUAUUUAUUGUAUUGAAAGCUGUUCUGAACUAUUAGAAGUAAUAUUACUGUUUUGGUUGUAUCUUCUACAAGUGUGUUUGUAUUGCUUUAUAUGUAUUUCAUUGAUAUUGGGCUGAUAUACUUGUAGAAUUUGAGUCUUUAAUAUGUGUUUGAGUACUAAGGCUUAAAAAUUAACAUGAAUACUUCUGAGAUAUAAAAUGUGUGACUAGAAAAUAAUCCGAUCUUUUGUAUUACAAAAAAAUUGUUAGUAAGUUGAAGACAAACAGUGCAUGAUUGUGUUACAUGCCCCUCCCCCAUCAAUUAUCUGCUCAAGUUUCAACCUGUCACAUUGCUCAAUUCUAUUGUAACAUUUGUUAAAAGUAAUUGAAUAAAUGUCAGGAACUGUGUAUUAAUGUGAAAUUCUCUUCAUUUGUUCCAAUGAUAAAGUCCAGUGCUUUAACUAAAAUUAGUAGAUUUGAGGACAAAUUCCGAGUUUUUUCCUCCAACAGAUCAAAAUUUGGAGUUUUCCCAUUGUAGUUUUUCUUAAGUGGUUCAAAAUGACACCAGAUAAAUAAAUGCUUUUUUGGUAAAUUCUCAUAAUAUUGUCUAAAAUAUAUUUUCCAGUGAAUCCUAUGAUUUUCUCCAACUUUUUACUGAUUUAAAUAGGCAUUGCUUAUAGUAAAUAGUCUCUGAAAAAACUUUCUUAUGCACAGUUUCCAGGUUUGUUAUUUCUCACAAACUUUCAAAUUGCCUUGAAGUAGAGCUAGAGAUUCAUUUUAAUAAACAAACUUUCCAUAACUAUAAUGAAAUUGAAAAUAGGUAAUUGGAAAAUGGAAUAUAAUUAUCAAUAAUUAUUGAUUUAAGUAAUCAAAUUAAAAUGCCUAUCUAAUUUCUUUUAAAUAAGAUUAUUUUGAAUAAUAAAAAUGUUUAAUUAAAUUUCUAGGAAUAAAUGUUUUUUUUUAUUUUGUUAAUGAAUAUGUUUUUUAAUUAUUAUUAUUAAGACAAACUUGGUUUGUGACUGUAGGUGCUGUGAAAUUAAAAGCAAUGAAGAUGAUGAAAAGAUUUUCAGAAAGUGAUAUGAAACAAUUCUUUAAACCACAUUAAUUUAGUUUGGAACAAUUUAGAGAUUGAGGAAGUGAGCACUAAAUUGUAGUUGGAGGAGUUUUAAAACAUCAGUCCAGUUAUUUUCUGGUCACACUUCAUUAUACAAUUUUUUUUUUUUUUUUUUUUAGUGAAUUGAAGAUUUUUUAUGCUUAAAGUUUUAGGUUAAAAUGUGUGAUAAAACUAUUUUGAAUGUUGAGUGAAUUUUAAAUGUGAUUGCUUCUAUCUUGUUUGUGGCUAUUUUGCUUCCUGCAAAACCUUUUAGAAGUAUGUUUUCAUAUGACAUUUAAGAUUAAUAAAUGGCUUUACAGAGAGGAACUGAGCUUUCUGAACUGUUAAUGUGUUCAUUGUAUCAUGUUUAUGUAUAAGUAUUGUAAAUAAAUUAAA